CCUACUCAUGGCAGUUGGUAUGCAUUUACUGCAUGCACUUUCUCUCUCAUCCCUCUCUUUCUCUACAGUAGUAUCCAAUAAUAAUCAGCGUCCUUAAAAUUUCGUGCUGUUUUCUCAGAGAUCCAUGCCACUUUAUUUCAAACCCAAGAAUUUUCACCCAGUGAAACCCAGUUUUUUUCAAUUUUGUUCUCGUUCUGAGUGCUGCUAGUCCCAAUUGUUGGUACUUGUAUAACAGGUAUACCAAUGGCUAAAGGUUUUUCAUUUUGGCCCCUUUGGCUUUUAAUCAGAAUGAUUGUUGUUCUUUCAAAUUCUCGAUUUAUGCGCUUUACACGCGUGUAAUUUUAAUUGCUGCAAUUUUUCAGGGUUUCAUUUGGAAUUUGGAUUUUCUGCUUAUAGAGAUGAUUUAAAUCAAGAUAUUGCCUUUAGGCUGAAGUUUCUGGGUUUCUAUUCAUUAUAGGACUAAUCGAAGGUUUUGCAUCAGUUUGGUUUUUAAUUACUUGGUAUGGGAAUUGGGUUUUUCUUAAUUCAGCUUCUUGAUUGAGAUUAUGGCAAUAGACUUGAAUGCUAUGUGAGUAGUUGGUAGUAAUUGCAAAGCAAAAGCAUAGGUGUUGUGGUUGAUCUCCUCUUGCUCAUUUAAGCUUACUUGAGAGUGAAAAAAUGCUGGAGGCUGAAGUAUGCUCGUCCCGGAUUUUAUCUCCUUUCCGUGAGGAAAGCUGCGAUGAAGAACUCUCCGUUCUUCCGAGGCAUACUAAGGUUAUUGUAACUGGGAACAACAGAACAAAGAGUGUUUUGGUGGGUCUUCAAGGUGUUGUCAAGAAAGCUGUAGGACUUGGUGGUUGGCAUUGGCUGGUUUUGAAGAAUGGGGUCGAGGUAAAGCUCCAAAGGAAUGCGUUGAGUGUGUUAGAACCUCCCACCGGAAAUGAAGAAGACGAUGAUUAUGAUUUUGAAGAUUCUAGCAGUGGAUCUGAAAUUUGUCAUAAGGACAAUCAUCGAUUUUCUACCAGUUUUCAGUUUGGCAAACUAAGCAAGCCUAGGAUUCGCUACAGUAGGCCGUGGUCCCCAACUUCAUCCUCAAAGUCAAUAAAUCGCAUCAGUUGCAGAGAAGUUCAAUCAAAAUGUCAAUCUCCUCUUCCGAGAGUGAACUUGACAAAGUUGGGAACCGGAUCAUUGUGGAGAUACUGGCGGAGCUUUAACCUUGUGGGUUUUAUUAGCUUUCAUUUGCUUUCCGGUUCUCUUUAUUACAUCACAUAUUUUGCUGAAUGUGCAUCUAUUUCAAUAUCCGCACUCAGGCUAGUAAUAUUCACAACCCUACAAAGGAACAACUGGUCAAUGCCGUGGAGCAGCAUUUUUCUUCACAGGAAGUGGACGACGUACAAGUGAUUGUUGGGUUUAUCCGUGCAGCUGCGAAGAGACUAAAUCAGUCGACUCGCACUGAGAUUCGGGAUUGAUUUUGGAAUCCAUGCCAGUGUGCAAUGUAUACAGUAUAUAUGCAUAUGAACUUCAUCUUAGUUCAGUUCUAAUUUAUAGACUGCUAAUUGAGAUCCCAGAUCUUUUCCAAGUGUGGGGAUCCUAAAUUACUAACCUUGUAAUGCGGAGACACUUGUUCAAUUGAUGUUAUGUCCUUAAUUUCCUAUUUGCAUGUCUA